UUCUGGUGCAUAUAUAAUUAAGUCCUAAUUUGCUUUCGUCUAGUCUUUUGUUUUGGUGCCUACAAUGACAACAACUAUCUCAGCUUCAUAUGAUGAAUUGUUGUGUUUCAAAUAUCAACUAGUGUCAUGAAACCUCAAAAUUCCAGAGUUUUUUUUUCCUCCCUUCUUCCAACUCCUGAGCCCAAGCCAAGUGGGGUUGGUUUUUGACAACAAAUCCAUGGUAGUGGGGGCAGAUUUUGGAAUUAGUUUCGGAAAUGGGUACUUUCAUAACGUUUCUCCCAACAAGCUGACUCAUAUCCUAUGAGAAGAAACCUUCAACUUUGCCCAACACAUGCAAAACAUUGACUUCCUCAAUCCAAACACCACCAACUGAGUCCAACUUACGAAAACAAGAAACAAAUAUGGCACACAAAUUGCCAUAAAGCCAAACCUCUUCACUUUAACCAACCUUCACUGUCGCAAGUCCCAGCAUCAGAAACGUGUCAAGUCAACACUACAAAAAAAACGUACCACAAAACUGUUACAUAAAUUACAAACCGUUCGUACUAAGAUACCACUUGACCAAAUUAGAUUCUUAUUCAUUGUGCACAAUCUUCUUCUUGCACAAAAUAUAUGCCUAGUCAAGUUAGGCCCAAAAAUCAAGUUAUGCCAAGAUAUUAUUCUGCCACUGAUUUGGGUGUGCACUAGUGGUGAUGAGAGUUCACUUUCUUACAAUGAAUCUUUGAUGGGGAAAAUUUUCUGGCUCUCAAGUCUCCUUCUCCUAAUAACUCGGUUUGAAAAUCUUCAAAGGUGUGAGAUUUAAUGGGUACCAGAAACGUGUUUAUGCUUAAGACACACAUUGAUUCAAUCAAUUUGUCUUCUGCUAAUGGUUUUGUUUAUGAAAACGUGAUUUGGGCCUUGGCUUCUCUUUGGGUUUUUUUCUGCAACUAUGUGUUGUAUUCCUUGGGGUUGGUACUCAAAUACAUCUUCAGAUUUCGUGUGGAAGAUAGAAAAAGGGAGCACCUUGUUCCACAUGACUUGUUUGAUCAUACCAAGAGAAAUCAUGUUGAAGAUUCUAAGGUUGAUGGGUUGGCAGAAGAGUUGGCCAAUUUGCUAUUUCCCAUCUUUGAGAAUUUUCAUGUAGCAAUUGAAGAGAGAGGAGAAUCAGAGUGCCCUGUUUUAUGGGGGAUAGACUCUGAUAUACAUAGUCAUCAAGAUGCUAAGAAAUUAGAAGCAGAAACAGAGUUCUCUGUUUUAAAGGAGAAAGCCAAUUAUAUGCACGAAGGUGCUAAGAAAAUAGAUGGAGAAACAGAGCACUCUGAUUUAAAGGAGAAAGACUAUGUUAUACAUGAAGAUGGUAAGAGAAUAGAAGGAGAAAGAGAGGAGUCUGUUUCCAUGGAGACUGUUUCAUGUGUUCAUGAAGAUUUUAAUAAAAUGGACCAAAAUGAAAAAGAUAGCUCUGUUUCCAUGGAGGAUGAUUCCAAUUUUCCAAAAGUUAAUAGGAAGAAUGUUGAAGAAGAACAAAUAGAAGAGCCUUUUUGCACAGUACCAGAUACUAUCUCUGCUGAAGCCAGUGAUUUGGUAGAAGAAGAAGAACCAAGGAUCAUGACCUUUACUUUCCAACGAAAUUAUACAGCUGUAAAUGUUUCUGAUAACAUAAUUUCCAGCACUAAAAAUAAUGCCAAAAUUGAAUUUUCAGAGAACAAUUUGAAGAAAGGCCUUGUUGCUCAAGAAGAGAAAGAGCACUCUGUUCAAGAACAGAGGAACAUCUCAUCCAAUUCCAAUUCUGGUCAAAUCCUUCAAAUUAAUGCGUUUGGUGGAAGUGAUUCAUCAGAUGAUGAUGCUCUAAAUGAUAACACACAACAAUCUGAUUUUGGGUCAGAAUCAUGCUCCAGCAAAAUUGAUGAUUUGGUAGCACAUCAAAUUCUGAGUAACAACCAUUCCCGUGAAGAAUUUGAUUCUAAAAGCCUUAAGGGGAUUAAGGAGGAAAGAGUUAAAGAUAGAGAGGAAACUCAACUUUCAUGUGAUAGUGAAGCCUCACACAGUCCCAAUUUUCAUCUUCAUUUGGAAGAAGCAAAUAGGGGUAGCAUGGAGAAAACUAAAGAAUUCAUGUGGGAAGAUAACUCGGAUGAAUCAGAUUUUGAUGAAGAAGAGGAAGAGGAAGAGGAAGAGGAUGAGGAAGAGGAUGAUGAUGAUUGGGAGCAUGAUGAGGUAGUGCAACAAUUGAGAUUGGAACUUAAAAAUGCAAGACAAGGAGGACUUGCCACUAUUUUAGAAGAGGAAGAAGAUGAGGAAAUUGAGUCUCCAAAAGUUGUUGAGGAUCUUAUGCCACUGAAGAUCGAAGAGAAGGUACAAUUCAAGGAUCACAUUAUUGAAAUUCAAAAGGUUUAUAGGUGCUACGCAGAGAAAAUUCGGAAACUGGAUAUUAUUAAUUACCAGACCAUGCAUGCAAUAGGGCUUCUUCAACUACAAGACCCUCUAAAAUUAAUGUUAAUUCCAAAAUCAACCGUCCAAAGUGCGAAGCCUCUAUUAUCUCAGAAUUUGUGGCCACGCAAAGCACUAAAGCAGAUAUCUGAUCCAAUUGUGAAGUUUAUUGAAGAACUGCAUGGGGAUUUGGAAUUGGUGUACGUUGGACAGGUUUGCCUCUCGUGGGAAAUCCUGUGUUGGCAGCACAACAAAGUUGAAGAGUUGAAACAAUAUGAUUCACAAUGGCCUCGUAGCUAUAAUAUUGUGGCCGGUGAGUUUCAACUUUUUCAAGUCCUCAUGCAACGGUUUUUGGAGGAUGAACCCUUUCAAGGCCCCAGGAUUCAGAAUUACGUCAAGAACCGCUGUCUUAUUCGCAAAUUGCUUCAAGUUCCACCUAUUAAAGAUGAUAAUACGAAGGACAAGAAAAUAAUUAAGUUGGGUGAAGAGUAUGCAAUUGAUGGUGAAAGGUUGGCACAUAUAAUGAAGGAGUCCAUGCGGGUGUUCUGGGAAUUUGUCAGAGCAGAUAAAGAUUAUGGGAAUGCAAACUCUAAAGUCUUGCAUCAAACUGGAAUUGAUGUGAAGGACCCAGCAAUUUCAGAUCUUCUUGGGAAUGUUAGAACCCAAUUACACAAGAAGGAGAGAAAGCUGAAGGACAUAGUGAGGAGUGGGAAUUGCAUAGUGAGGAAGUUCCAAAAGCACCAUGAGGAACAAAUUCAACUUGAUCAAGAACAGUUGCUUGCUCAAGUGGGAUUAAGAUUGGUCUCAAGGGUGUUACACAUGAAAAAUUUGAGAAAAGAUCGGUUAAUGUGGUGUAAUGAAAAGUUGAACCGGAUCAAAUUCGAUGGUAGGAAGGUCCAGGUGGAGCCUUCUUUUUUGUUUUUUCCUUUUUGAUUCAUUCAUAUAUUAUUGGAUGUAGAGAUAAUUAUUUCUGCAGAAAAUUACUUAGUAAGUAGCAUAGACAGGAAUCGUUACAAAAUCUCGGUGUAUAUAUAUAUAUAUAUAUAUAUAUAUAU